AUGAACCUGCGAAUCACUGCAGUACUUUUCCUUCUUCCAGUCUUGUCAAUUCAGCAAGACUAUCAGAAUUACAAUAAUAACCAAUGGGAAGAGGGAGAACAUGGCCCUAAACAUUAUGUUGGAAAGCACUAUUACUACGGCCCCUUGUAUCCAAAGCUGCCUUUGCUGAAGGCGUAUGAAGCCAGAGCGAUCACGGAUCGGGCCGAAUGGACCAAACGACAGGUCAAGGACAGGCUGGAUGAAUGGGUCAGGAGACAGCCGGAGAAAGUUAGGGUAAGAGAGCGAAGAAGCUGUCUUCGAGAAAUGAGAAAUUUACUGUAACCGUAGACCUUUCUUUUCUAUUUUUCUAUAUCUUCUAACCUUCAAGAUUUACUGCUCCUUGUAACAGUAGUGAGCAAAGAACGUGCGUAUCAUUUUUCAGUUUCCGGAAGUGGCGCUGCAUAAAUUGCGCCUUUUUGCGUGUGUUCCGUUCUGCGGCGCCUGUUUUUCUCACAAUUGUAUUUUCAGGAGAUCUAUAAUGCCUUCGACAAGGCGAGCAAAGUAAGAGUGCUUCAGGAGAAACUGGAUCAUGAACAGCAUAUUGCAAACCAAGCCAAUGAAGUUAGGGAUUUGGACAGACGAAUCCAGGUAAACUAGAACAAGAGAAUUGUUGAAAAUGAUAUCUCAAAUUUUGCUUCAAAUUGUUAAAUUUUGCUUCAAAUUGUAACUUCAAAUUGUCAAAUUUUGCUUCGAAUUGUAACGAUAGUCCUAGGCUAUGUAAAAAGAAAUUUAUCCCUCGCGCUAAAAUGCUCGACAUUUGGCCAACUUUUGAACUAAAAAUCACGAUUUUCUACGCAAAAAACAUAGCCCUUCACUUAUAUAUUGGCUUGUAUGUCACUCAGAAUAAACGAAUUAUCCAGGAACACCUCGAUAACCUCGACAUAACUUGGUAUCAAACCUGCCGCCGGAUCAACGAUGUGAAGCGAGAUGCGGACCCAAAAAUUCUAAAAGCUCUACGCAUCGAAAGACGCACCAAGUGUGGAAUAAACGUGCGAACUCCGGACUCGGAAGAUCACAAGAAUCCCGAGAGUUUCGAGGACUUUGGGAAGAAACCGACGGAAGAGGAGGGAUAUCAUCAUGGAAUGAAUAAUGGAGGACAGGAGGAAGAGGAUAUUUACGAUCAAGGCGACGACAACAACGAUUACAACAAUAACAACAACAUGUAUGGUUGA